AACGUGAACGGUUAGAUUUUCCCUACGACCGCCUCAACCUUGUUAGGUUAAAAUUAGGAUCGCGUUCAUAAUCUGCCGCAUCACAAGAAUAGAAAUCUGUUUGUUUCUUGUCAAAAUCGCAAAUUUUCUCUCCUUUUGCAGUUGUAAUCUUGUUCUUCCUCUGCGAUAUCUCGGUUUUCUGUUGCGGUAAUGGAGAUGGAACGCGUGACGGGGUUUCCUCUCGAUCGGCGACCCAGGAAGAGGGCGCGCUUGGGUUGGGACGUCCCUCAGAUCCCAAAGGCUCAGGUAGGAAUAUUUUGUGCGGAAGAGGUUGGGAAUGUGAUCAGCUUUGCCUCUUCAAGAGCACCAUCAGACAUUACUCCUAGUUCUCUAUUUGUAAAGGGAGUGAAUCGAAACGGUUCUCCCCCAUGGCGGGAAGAUGACAAGGAUGGGCAUUACAUGUUUGCAGUUGGAGAUAAUUUAACUUCUCGUUAUAAGAUACAAAGCAAAAUGGGUGAAGGCACAUUUGGGCAGGUUUUGGAAUGCUGGGACAGAGAAAGGGAAGAAAUGGUUGCCAUUAAAAUUGUUCGUGGAAUCAAAAAGUAUCGUGAUGCUGCUAUGAUUGAAAUUGAAAUUCUUCAACAGCUUGGAAGACAUGAUAAAGGCAAUCGUUGUGUACAAAUACGGAACUGGUUUGACUAUCGUAACCAUAUCUGUAUUGUAUUUGAGAAGCUUGGACCAAGCUUAUACGAUUUUCUUCGCAAAAACAAUUAUCGCUCAUUUCCCAUUGAUCUAGUCCGUGAGAUUGGCAGACAACUGUUGGAAUGUGUAGCAUUUAUGCAUGAGUUGCAUUUGAUUCAUACCGACUUGAAGCCUGAGAACAUACUUCUGGUUUCAUCUGAUUAUGUGAAAGUUCCUGAUUACAAGAAUUCAUCCCGAUCCCCAAGAGACGGAUCCUACUCUAAAAGGGUUCCCAAGUAUAGUUCUAUUAAAGUGAUCGACUUUGGUAGUACUACAUAUGAACGUCAAGACCAGAACUACGUUGUCUCAACGCGACAUUACCGUGCACCGGAGGUUAUUAUUGGGCUUGGAUGGAGUUAUCCUUGUGAUGUAUGGAGUGUUGGUUGUAUAUUGGUGGAGUUGUGCACGGGAGAAGCAUUGUUUCAGACUCACGAGAACUUGGAGCAUCUUGCGAUGAUGGAACGAGUGCUGGGUCCAUUGCCUCAUCACAUGCUUAAGAAGCUUGAUCGACAUGCAGAGAAGUAUGUUAGAAUGGGAAGGCUCGACUGGCCAGAAGGUGCUAUGUCAAGAGAUAGUAUAAGAGCAGUUUCGAAGCUUCCUAGACUUCAGAACCUGAUAAUGCAGCAUGUAGACCAUUCAGCUGGUGAAUUUAUACAUCUUUUACAAGGUCUUCUUAGAUACGAUCCUACUGAGAGAUUGGCUGCCCGUGAUGCUCUAAAUCAUCCUUUCUUUACGAGGGAACGUCUGAGGAGAUGAUUUAGGGUGUAGGUGAUUGGUUGGAUUUCGGUAGCUGUUGAUUCAAGUAAUUCUGUGGUGCAAAGAUCGGCCUUAAGUUUUCAUUGCCGAAAUGUACGAUGGUUGCAUCGGUGUACAUAGUUUUACAAGUUUGAAGCUUAGAUAAUAGCGAACAUUCGGUGUGAGGAAUAUAUUGUUGUGUGCCCGGGACGAUGUUAAUGCCAUACUAUAUUCAAACAAAAUUAUUUGAUUCAUAUUUUAACACAGUUGUGUCA